AAUUCUAAACCGGAUAUCCGCCCUGCGACUGAGUGUAACUUCGCUGCACGUGGAUUUCCGAAUAGAAAGAGCGUGUUACCUGCUACUUUUGAGAUUUUCGUGGAUAUAAAACAAGCUCUUUGAUAUAUUUUGAAACGUUGAGAGUAACUUGUCGUCAAGAUGUUUCUGCAGUUUUACCUAAAUGAUAACGGGGACAGAGUUUACACUCUGAAGAAGAUUUGUCCUGAUGGGCAGCCCACCAGCUCGGCCCACCCGGCUCGCUUCUCCCCAGACGACAAGUUCUCCCGACACCGGGUGACGGUGAAGAAACGCUUCGGCCUUCUGCUCACCCAGCGACCCAGACCUGUUCUGUGAGAGAGAGAGAGAUGGAGGGAUGGAGAUCAGACCAAGGAAUUGAGUGAUGAAGGCUCAGAUGAGACUCUAAAGCAAACGGUCAAAAACACAUUGAGGAUCCCAAUUUAUGAACGUGCAGCCAGGAUUUGUCAAGUUUCACCCAAAUUCAGGGGGCUGCUCAUGCGUUGGAUAUCAACAGUCAUUGAUGUUAUGGAUUUUUUUUUUUUUCUGUAGUUUGACAUUCUUUUGACAUAAUGUUAUAUAGUUUUCAUUCCAAAUAAAUGUUUUGGUUGAUUGUU